AUGGUGUUUCAAUGCAUGGGAGUUAUCCUGGUGUUCGGAAUCGACGCGAACGGGUGGGUGCUGGCGCUGCUGGCGCUGGGCGGUCUCUUCGCGUUCCUCUUCAGGACGGGCCUGUUGAAGGAGAUGCUGGGGAGUGGGAGAGAAGGGGGCGGGCUUUGGAAGAAGCUGUGCACGGGGGCUACGGUCAUCAUGGAGGGAGGCGGGAUACUGCUGGACGCGAGAUACUUCUUCUCCGCCUUCUUUUUCAGCUUGUUUCCGAAGUGGCAGCCAGUGCGAUCCCCGGAGGCAAUCGCGGAGCAAGCGGCUACUCAGGCAGCAACCCAGGCGGCUGCUCAGGCGCAAGCGGCUGCUCAGGCGCAAGCGGCUGCUCAGGCGCAAGCGGCUGCUCAGGCGGCUCUCCAGGUGGCUGCUCAGGCGCAAGCCGAGACGCAGGCGGCUGCCCAGGCUCAAGCCGAGGCGCAGGCAGAGGCCUUGGUGGCAGCGCCAGCAAACCUUCGUACGGGCUGCGGUGUGUGCGCUGAGCUCUUGAAGGGAUGA